GGCACAGUAAGAGGCAGUUGGCAUUUUUCGGUUACGGGUUCGGUGCCCCAUCGGUGCCCCCCAUCGUAGUCAUCGUCGUGGUCGUGGUCGUGGUCGCCGUCGUCGUCGUCGGUCAUGUCACAUGUCCUGGUGGCACCCGCUGCCGCCUUGUGCGUCUGACGCCGCCGCCGCACCGGCAGUUGGAAUAAUGCGGCGCUAGGGCCCCAGAGAGAGGAGAGAGACUUUCGCGAGUGUCGAGUCGGCUGAGAAUUGAAAUUGGAAAUUGUUGUGGCCAAAAGAAGGGGCACGUCAGUUGCCGGUGGCAAAAGUGAAGAAGAAACCAAAAUAAAUGUGUGCCAUUAAUUGCUGGGAGCCAAACAAGCAGCAGCAGCAGCAGCAACGGCAACGGCAGUGGCAGUGGCAGUGUUCUAGCGUUCAGUUCUGAGUGCGGUUUCAUGCAGCAUUAGUGUGGUGUGGCAAGUGGUGCAAGAACACACAUCUAUAGAAACAACAACAGAGGCAGCCCCACUAACUAGUGUUUAAAAGAAAUGGCCUGCAACAUGGCUCUGAGUCCGGUAUUAACAAAGGAAGAGGCACAGCAGCAACAGCAGCAACAGCAGCAGCCACAACAGCAGCACAAUCAGGCGUUGCAGCAACAACAAACCAAAUGGCAGCAACAUGCAACAAAACGUCGACGUUGCCAUCAACAUUGGAUUAAACAUCUUCAAAUACUGGCAAUGGCUGUCAUCGCCCUGUCCCUGACCGGCCUCGCCCCCUGCCACGCCCAGCAGCAAAAGUUCCGCACCACGCCCCACGAUCUGCAAGUGCUCGAGGGUGCCGAGGCCAUGAUGCGCUGCGAGGUGACCAAUGUGGCCGGAGCCGUGCAAUGGACAAAGGACGGCUUCGCCCUGGGCUUCUCCGCCGUGAUCCCGGGCUUUCCGCGCUACUCAGUGCUCGGCGACCGGAAGCAGGGCGUCUACAAUCUGCGCAUCUCGAAUGCGUCCAUCAACGACGAUGCGGAGUACCAAUGCCAGGUGGGACCCGCCCGCCUCAACUCGGCCAUCCGAGCAAAUGCCAAACUUACUGUCAUAUCUCCGCCUGCCUCGAUCGAGAUCAAAGGCUACAGCCACAACUCCAAGGUUGAGGUGCGCGAGAAUCAGGACCUGCAGCUCAAGUGCAUUGUGGCCAAUGCAAAGCCGGCGGCUCAAAUUGUCUGGUAUCGCGGCAACGUGGAAUACAAGCCAGAAAAACGCGAUGAUCUGGUGGAGGAAACCAUACCGAAACGAUGGACUACCACGUCAAGCCUGAAGCUGAAGCCGGGCUCCGAUGAUGACUACACGGAAUAUACGUGCCAGGCCAAGCACAAGGCCCUCUCACCGGACAUGCCCAUGCGUGCCACCGUGCAACUGUCCGUGUUGUAUCCCCCGGGGCCGCCCUAUAUCGAGGGCUAUUCGCAGGGCGACACACUGAGGCGUGGCCAGAGCGUGGAGCUAAUGUGCCGCAGUCGCGGUGGCAAUCCGCCCGCACAGCUUAUUUGGUACAAGAACGGAUCCCAGAUACGCAUGGCCUACAGAACCGCUGGACGUUUGUCGGAGAAUAUUUAUGCGUUUACCGCUGAGGCUGGGGACAACAAGGCCCGUUUCCGUUGCGAGGCGAGCAACGUAAUGUCCCAGACGCCGCUCAAGGCGGAAGUGGAUCUAUCUGUCCUGUUUGCACCCACGCACGUCACCGUAAUGGGACCCACAGAGGCGCGCGUCGGCGACGUUGUGCCACUGACAUGCAACACAGCGCCAUCGAAUCCACCUGCGGAGAUCAAAUGGAUGGUGGGCGGUCGGCAGGUGCGCAACACAACCUUCAGCAAGAUUAUCAGCCCCGAAGGCGGUUGGACGAGCAGCUCCAACAUCACCGCCAUUGUGGAGCCCCACAAGCGCUCCCUGGUCGUCAUCUGCCACGGCCUCAACAUGCAGCUAACGGAGAAUGUGGUCUCCACCCACACGAUCAAUGUUCUGUAUCCUCCCGCACCGCCAUUAAUUUCCGGCUAUAUAGAAGGACAAAUUAUACCGGCUGGCUCUGUGCAAAAACUCCUUUGCGUUUCAUCAGGCGGCAAUCCGUUGGCGACGCUCACGUGGUACAAAAACGACAAGAGGAUCAAUUCGGUGAUACGAGCGGCAGACAAGUCUGUUUCGGCGGAAAUCACCAUCCUGGCGAAUGUGACGGACAACCAGGCGCAGUAUCGCUGCGAGGCCUCCAACAGCGCCACAGAAAUCCCUCUCUUUCAGUCCACGACACUUAGCGUGCAUUUUGCCCCGGAGACGGUCAAGAUACGCAUUGAACCGGAAGAGCUGCGACCUGGCAUGCAGGCAGCCAUCAUCUGUGACUCCAGCUCCAGCAAUCCGCCGGCAAAGCUGUCCUGGUGGAAGGACGGCAUCCCCAUUGAAGGCAUUAAUAACACAUCCAAGCCGGGGCUCUGGGGCGGCACGGUAUCCACGCUGGAGUUCAGGGUAAACAUCACACAGGAAAUGAACGGCGUGGUCUACACUUGCCAGAGCGCCAACGAGGCAUUGCAGCGCAGCGUCCACGAGGCCAUCAGCCUGGAUGUCCUGUAUCGGCCCAAGUUUGUGCCACCGCCCUCAUCGACAGCCGUCGGCGUGGAGGGUGAGUCCCUCCAGGUGGCGCUCCAGACGAAGGCCAACCCGACAGCGGUGGAGUACAAGUGGACCAAGGAUGGCAGCACGAUACCGCAGGGCGGCGAGCAUCGCAUCUUUGCCGACGGCGGCAGCCUCAACUUCUCGCGGCUGCAUCGCGACGAUGCGGGGGUCUACUCGUGCAGCGCCAGCAAUACGCAGGGCAAGGCCACGCUGAACAUCACCGUCGUGGUGGAAUAUGGCACCACCAUUAAAGCCGUGUCGGAGAACAUCAUUGUGAAUCCCGGCGAGGACGCGAUGCUCUCGUGCAGCGUGGAGGGGAAACCGCUCACCGAGGAGCACGUGAAGUGGGAGCGCGUGGGCUAUGACAUGACCGUGAAAACAUCGACGACCUUUGCCAAUGGCACCUCCUAUCUGCACCUCAAGAAUGCCCAGCGCGAGGAUGUGGGCAAUUUCCGAUGUGUGGCCGACAAUCGAGUGGCCAAUCCCACCAACCGAGAUGUCCUGCUCAUUGUCAAAUUUGCUCCGGAGAUAACCAAGUCACCGACCAUGAUGCGAGCGGCCAGCGGCACGGGGGAGCGGGGCAGGCUGCCAUGCCGCGCCCAGGCAUCUCCGAGGCCGCAGUUCAUCUGGCGGCAGGACAAGAAGGAUCUGCCCAUCAAUCGCACCUACAAGUACGAGGUGGAGGAGCGCAAGAUAGACUCCCUGACCUACGAGUCCGCCCUCAUUGUCGACAAGGUGGCGCCCGCCGACUACGGGGCCUACGAGUGCAUUGCCCGCAACGAGCUGGGCGAGACCAUUGAGACGGUGCGCCUGGAAAUUACCUCACAGCCGGAUCCACCGCUCAGCCUCAACAUACUGAAUGUGACCCACGAUGCCGUCACUGUGGCCUGGACACCUGGCUUCGAUGGUGGCCUAAAGGCAUCCUAUCGUGUGCGAUAUCGAAUCGUCGACCGGGAGCAGUACAAGUACAUUGAUGGGCUGCCGAAUAGCCACAAGCUGACCAUUGCCGGACUACGCAUGGAUACGCUCUAUCUGUUCUCGGUGAUGGCAUGGAACGAGCUCGGCCAGAGCGCCUACCUGCCGGACCUGACGCGGGCCCAAACCAAAGAGGCGCCACCGCCCUCACAGCCGGCAUCAUCGCUGGGCGGCGGACCACCAACCACCAGUCAGACCCCACUGGGCGGCACAUCGGCCAUGCUGCUGGUCGGAGUCGGUGCCGGCAUUGUUGUUGUGCUCCUCAACGUGUUUGUCAUCGGCUGUUGUCUGCACAAACGGAACGAGAAGCGGCUCAAACGUGGACUUGAACUGAUGCCAGCGGAGUUGAGCGAGGACUCGGCGGCGGGCAACAUACCGAACCUGGUCAUAAUUGGCAUCUCCCUGGCGGCCUUCGGCUUUCUGCUGGUCAACGCGGCCCUCGUCGCCUGGUUCUUUGUGCAUCAGCGUCGCAAGAAAGUGUCGGAAACUACAAAUCAACCAGGAAAAACGGCAACCAUCGAGAUGUACGCGCCCAGUUCGUAUAAUGACACCGUCACCGGCGAGACGCUGUCCAGCGUUUCGGAGAAGAGCGAAUCCUAUUCGAAUGAGGGCGGCAGCCAGCCGGAAUAUAUUGAUGAAGCGAGGAAAAAGGCGGCAUCAACAUAUCUGGUGGAGGGCGCGGAUAUGCCACCACCCAGAUAUCAAAAGGAUGGCACCCUGCCAGUAUUAUAUCCGAAUAAUAUUGUGAAUGCCUGCACGUUGCCACACCCGAGGCACAACAAUGGAAAUGCCACCGCCAUCCAUAUGAGCCGGGAUGAUCAGAUGCUAAUCAGCAAGGGCAUUUAUAUACCGUCCCCAUCGCCAGCGCCGCCGCCAGAUGGCUCCUACUAUAAUAUGAACAGCGACAGAUAUCUGUCCUAUCCGCCAAUGGAAUACCCAGCCGCCCUGGACUUCAGCGCCGCCCCACCCAUGUCCAUGGCGCAUCUGCAGCCCAUUACAGUGACGUCACAGGCGGCGGCGCUGCUGGCCAGCAAUGGCGGAGCGACGCUCAUGGGCAACGGAACGGCAGGAGGAUCGGGCACACUGAGACGCGGCAUAUUGCGCGGAAUACCACAGCCGGAUGUCACCCACCACACGACAGCGGUCAGCGGCAGUCCCAUGCAGAUGCUGCACGACCUGCAUCCCGUCAAUCUGAGCGCCACCACGCUCACCACGAGCACCAUGCUCAAUGGCAGCAUGACGACGGCUGCGACCACGAGCACGCUGCCCCGCCAGCCCCACGGUAUCCUUAAGGAUCCCAACCGUAGCAAGCAGCAGCAGCAGCAGCAGCUCCAACAGCAACACCAACUGCAGCACCAGCAUCAGCAGCUUCUGAAUGCCAGCCUAGUGGGUGUGGGUGUGCCUGUUUCCGCGCCCAUGGGCAGCCUGCAGAUACUCAAUCUGCCAGCACAGGGCGGCGGCAUGGGCAGCAACCUACUGAUGACCACCAGCGCCACCUACGACCCCACGGGAGCGGCCAUGAGCAGUUUCAAUGGGGGCGCCGCAGUCUCCGCUGCCUCCGCCGGUGGCAUCCCGGUGGCCUACACAGAUGCGGACGGGCAUCUCGUAUAGCUGUAGGCUGAGGCUGGUGUCCCAAUUGCCACCAGCGGCGGCGGCAGCAGCAGCAGCCACAGCAACAACAACACUGAAUCCCGAUACUAGUGCCCCGGAUUGGAGGGGCGCGGGGUGCAGCAGGCAGCUAUGAAGUUAACCUAUCGUCAACCUACCUAACAUAUACAUAACAAAAACAUAUAUACAUAUAUAUCUAAGCUAUGUAGUCUAGGAGCUUUCUCUUCUGUGGGUUGCAGUAUCCAAUAUCCCAUCCAUCUCCGUUUCUACGGCUACGGGGCUCCCAGGUUGCCGGCGGAAGCGGUUGUCCAGCGGACAGGCACUAACGUUCCUCCCAUUACCUUAUUCAAAUCAGCCAACGAAUUAGUUUAUGCAAAUUUUAUCAAGCAUUUUUGUUGGAUCUGUCUGUCUUUUUUCGUUAAUGCCCCAACAGGGCCCCCUCCGCCACAAUGGUUGGGUGUUUAUUUAGAUAAGAAAAGCGGCAGCAGGCAGAGUGGUGGGCGUUGGGGGAGUGAGCAUAAUUUCGCAGAGAGUUUUACUAAUUAGCCGGCAGCAGGAAUAACAAAAACGUUCAACAGAAGCGCAAUGGCAGUGGCAGUGGCACCACCAGUAAGUUUCUGGAGGAGGCAAGUGAAAAUAAUUUGAAAUUUUCUUUAGUGGAACGCGAAACGGUCCAAAGCCGUUUGACAGCUCCCUGGGGCGUGCUAGGGGCUCAAGUCGACUGGGCACGUGAUUGCCCUGGACGGCAACCAGCAGCAGCAGCAGCAUCGGCAUUGGCACCGGCACCGGCACCAGCACCGGUCGUGGCCAUGGUCGCCAAAAGUUGAAGGUUGACAGCCGCUGGAAGCUGCUCCCCAGCUUCUAGAAAAUAUUGACAGGCCCCCCACUCAUUGUAGCGCUGAAAAAGCAGGACUCUUGACUACAAGGACACCCUACAAAUAGGAUUCAAAGACUUACAAAACAGGCAGAGGAAUUAAUUGUACAUCAGAAUGCCAGGAAGAAACCAAUUGAUAAUUCUUGUUGACAUAUUUUCAACUUAUAUUUCUAAAUUUUGAUAUUUCUGUAUUCCCAUUUGAUUGUUGAAAACCAAUAUUCCCGUUUCUAUAUAAUUGCAAAAAUUGUAGGAGCGCUGGGGGAGCCUUGAAAUUCAUUAUUCAGACUCUUCUGUAAACACAUUCAUGGCAAACGAUACUUAUAUACCAGAUCCCCCCAUGGACGGAAUGACAGGCCCUGCCACGCCCCACAGUCACACAGCAGUAUAUCCUUCAGAAGGCAUUCAUCGAGUACUAGUCGGAGUGGAGUGGAGUGGAGUGGAGGGGAGCUUUUGCCGCACAUAAACAGUUUUCAUUUGCCACUCGACGCAGUUCAGCGAGCGUGACAUGGGGAAAAUCUUUGGAUGUGGAAAUGGGAUUGGUAGGGGGGGAGGGAAACUAGAAUUAGAACAGAGAAUCGGUAUGGGAAUGGGAGGCGCCCAUUAGCUGUGGCAUUGAAGACAAUCUGAGAACUUCUAGAACCCUUGUUGAAGCCUUGUUGAGGCGAAAAGCAUAAAACACAGGCGCUCGGCUCUGUUCACUUCUUGAAUGCCAGUGGCUUUGGCUUUGACUUUCUAGCUCUCGAGAUCUUCAAGCAUCGGGUAUAAUUGCUCCAGCUUCAGCUGCAGCUCCAGUUCCAACUCCUUGAAACAGAUAGGGAGUGUGUGUGUGUGUGUGUGGAUUUUAAUAUUCAUUUAGUUGUAAUUGCUGGAUAUACUCGCACAGAGGGAGCAGCAGCUACGUCUGUCUGCUGUGGAUUAUCACAAAUGAAUAACUGCUCUGCUCUGCUUUGAUUUUUUGGGAAUUUCAAGAUGAUGGUGGCAAGAAAUGGAAAAGAAAACCCAAGGAAAACUCGCUUGACUGUGUAAUUAAAAGUGAAAUUAUCUUUGAAAUUAACGCAUAGACAAAGGCAAAAAGAAAACCACCCGCAAAAGACAAAGACAACGACAAAGGAGGAAUCCUCCAAAGAAGCGAAGAAAAAUGCGCGAAAUGCAGAAAAUGGAAUUAAGAAUUAAAAUGAAAAUGAAAAUGAAGAUGAAGCCACUAUUGUAUGCGAGUGGCUGUGUGAAUCUGUGUAUGCCCAACCACGCCCACGCAUUGUACGUACUUACGUAUCUCUUCGUUUUGCUGGAGAGGAUUUCCGCUAUUGAAUAAUUGUGAUUGUACUUGCCACAGAUAAAUGUUAAAUGAGCAGGAAAAUUGCGCGCAUUAUAAUCCUGCGUGUCUGCGUGUAGGGAUGGAGAGGAGGGAGGGUAGGUCAUAACCUGUUGUUCAAGGCAUUUCUGUGGGCCCCCAAACAUAUGAAUUCAUUUUGAGUUUUGAGAAUAAGAAAAAAGUGUAGUUGUGGGAAUGGAAUCUGCCGGCAGCCACAGACAAACCCAGAGACCCUGAUGGCACAUGGGAUACAUGUAACCCCGCUCUCUAUAACUUAUAGAUACGUGUAUUGUAUAGCUUAUUACCCAUCUCUUAGUGCGGCCAAAAUUGCAUUAACAAUUAGCAUUUACCCGUGUUUGAAAUGUUUAGGAUAUAGAUAAAUAUUUGUAAGUAGCUAAGGACCGCAGUCAAACCGAAUUCAAUGUCAGAACUACUCAUCCAAUCAGCAAGCAAUACCAAACAAAAACAAAGCUAAAAAAACACUUUUCCAAUUGUAUCAUACUAUUAGCGAUAACAAGCGAUGAACGAUUAACUAUAUACGACAAUUAACUAUAGACGAUUAACGAUAAAUAAAGGAUAAAUGCAGGUAUAUCGAUACACACACACACACAUACAAAACAGAAACACAAAAUGCUACAGAUUUCAUAAAUGUAAAACGUAGCAUAGAAUCUCGACUCACAACUCUUUCUCUUAGAACCCCGACAGAGCAUACAGUGCUAUAUAUAUGUAUGUAGCUAUAACUAAUACCAACCACUGUUCCAUUUGGCAGCACAUACACACAUUCUCGUUUUCCCCUUAAAAGUAUCCUAAAUGUUCGUCUGAUGUACGUUCUCUUAUGCGAAAUUUGCACAGCGAAUUUGUGUCCGAGGUCUGGUGGAAGUGAUUGAAUAAUGCGCUUGCACUCAAUACUCAAUUAUGAAAUGGAUAAUACGAGUAUCUUGUAAACUUAUCCUUAUCUCUUAGAAUUCUUAACGCCCCCCGUUAAUCCCGGUGAGCCCCGAAUCUUGUAUGUCUUCCCCGCACAUGCUUCUGAAGGAGAGUGACUCUGACGUUUGUGUUUUGCGUUUUUGUCAUUGAUUUAGGUUUAUGGUACAUUUAGUUUAGGACUUUACAUUUAACGAAAUAAGACUUAUUGUAGAUAAUUAUUUUGUUGAAAACAAUUAACGAAAAUCACAAGUGGUUCGAUGUGUACGUUUUUGCCAAAGAGAUAUAUUUGUUAAACAAAGAAAAAUAAAAAAAUAUAAAAAAACAUUGUGCUGCUUCUCUCUUUCUAUCUGUAUUUAAAUAGAUAAAUGUUCAAUUGAUGUACGACUAUGAUUACACCUAAGAUAACACCCAACUAUGUAUCAUUUGAGAGUAAAAUUCGAACAGAAGACACACAAGACUUGAAUGCUUACCAGAAACUAGAUAAAACGUGAGAGAGAUGACACAUUAAUGUUGAUGUUAAUGUUAAUUGAAACUUGAACUUAAAGUAAACGUGAGUAUGAGCGUAACAGGGGAAUGGAAUGUGAAUGUUUAUUGAAUUUUACUUAGUCUGUAUGUAUGUGUAUCUUAUUUCUGAGAUUAAAUAUAGAGAAAGGCUAAAGCAUUGUACAGUAGCCAACAAGGGAAAACAAUAAUUAAAUAAAGCAUAAGAUCUAUAAGGAUAAAUAAACACAAACACACAAACAAGAAUGCAUAGUUUAUAGACGCAAUCGCCAUCUCUGAUAAAUUGUAUAAAAAACGGAAAACCGAAAGAAAAACUCUCGUGAGAGAAUGUACCGAAAAAUGUGGAAUGUAAUGCAUAUGAAACCUAUUGCAUUUUUAAAACGAGAUCUGUUAAUAAAUGAAUAAUAUAAAAU